AUGGAUCCUGUAUUAAUUCGAAAUAUUUCUGAUUCGAACACUGUUUCCAAGAAAAAUCAAUCACUGCGAACGGCAGACGACAAACAGAUUCAGUUAUUAAGACCUUUACCACUUGGUCUUCUUCAAAAUGAUCGUUCAACAUUGACAACUAAUGAAUGGACUCUUCUUUCGAAUUUUCUUCAUGCAUUUGAUGAGCAAAACUCUUCCAUACGAAUUCAAAAUUCUCUUAACGAAUUAUGCUCAUUACCUCCAAAAUUACGUUCGAAACCAUCGGAACUCAAGAAUUUUAUUCGCGAAAUUUGUAGCAGUGUUGCACCACUUAUGGAACGUUCACCAGAUUUUCAUUUAUUACCGGUUAAUGUUCGCCAAGUUCUUUUUAAGCGUAAUUUCUACAUCACCGGUGCGAUGAAUGGACUUUUUUUAUGUCGUGAGCUGAAUGUAUUUGAUAAUGUGACCGUCCAGAAUUCUUACAUUCAGUUGUAUGGAUGUGACUAUAUGAUAGAAUGUCGUCGAAGUAUUGCACAAUGUGAUUCAAAUGGAAGUCUUAUUAAAAUCUUAAUAUUCAUAUUAGCUUUUUCAAGUAGUUGUUCAAUCAUUAAAUAUGAUAAUGAAGGAGAUAUUUCAAUUAUGUCGAGCCCAAUCAAUCUUAUUUCUAUUGAAAAUGUAUAUGUGACAGUGUUGUGGAAAUAUUUAGUGUAUCUAUAUGGAUUUAAAGAAGCAGCACUUCGAUUUACUCGUCUUGUAAAGAGUGUUCUAGAUUUAAUAAGUAUAUUAAAUCAGGCACCUCAGAUAGAAACUCGUCAUCGUAUGGUGGAUACAAUUAUAAAAGAAACAGAACGUACAUUGGUGAUUGGUGACUGA